AUGCCGGAGAUCGACGCGUUGUUUGAAUCAAUCAACGUCCACGACCUUCUCGCCGGCCACGAUCUCAACGAUCCGACGACUCCACUAUCGGCGCCGGAUCUCCGUCUCCUCGUAAACCGCUUAGAGUCUCACUCCCUCCGUAUCAAGUCCAAAGUCCAGUCCUACCUCGUCUCCCACCACUCCGAAUUCUCCAACCUCUUCUCCACCUGUCAGGACGCCGUCUCCAGGACUCGUCUGAUCUCCGACGACGUCGUGAAUUUGAUUUCCGUCCGUUCGGUUGAUGUGGAGAUUCGUGAAGUGGUGGAUGAGAUAAGGGAGAAGAGCGAGGAGGUGAGGUUGAAGAGAGAGUUGGUUGAGUUAGUGAGUGUGGUCGUGGGGAUCUGCGAGGUAGUGAAGGAAGCGAAGGAGGGUUUGAAAAGAGGGAGGUUUCGAUUUGCUGCUGAGAGGAUUAGAGAGAUGAAAGGAGUGUUGAGGGUUGGUGAAGAGGUGGAGGAAGGAGAGCCUUUGGUUUAUGUUUUGCUUAGGAAAGAAUGGUCUUGUUGCUUUGACGAGAUUCAAGAGGUGCUUGCAAAAUUUAUGGAAAGUGCAGUGUGUUUUGAGCUGGAGUCGUGUAAGCUUAGGAUUAGUUAUCAGCUAAGCGUUGGUGAGAUUACUGGAAUUUCGCUUAGUACCGUUCUCGAGGCAAUGGAGGUGAUUGGAAUGUUAGACUAUGGGCUUGCAAAAGCAGCGGACUUAAUCUUCAAGCAUGUCAUUACCCCAGCUGUAAUUCAUGCAUCUACCUUUAACGUUGUAGAAGAUUCAUGUAAAACCUCAGGGGAUGUAACCGAAGCGGUACUAAAGCUAGAACAGUCAUCAGAUCAUAAGACUGAAGAUGUGGAUGGAGAUGCAAUAUAUUCAGGAAUUCUUAAGAUUGUUAAAUUCAUUUGCAGUUCCUUGUGCUUUGGAAACGUUACAUGGAUCCAUUCUUUCGGAAGAUUGACUUGGCCGAGGAUAUCAGAACUAGUUAUAUCUAAAUUUCUUUCAAAGGUUGUCCCAGAAGAUGCUUCAAAACUUGCUGACUUUCAGAAAGUUAUUGAGCGUACCUCUCAAUUUGAAACAGCUCUGAAGGAACUGAGUUUCAUUUCACCAUCUGACGAGGAGGGGAGGCUCAGCAAAUAUGCUGAAAAUGUUGAGGUUCAUUUUGCAUCCAGAAAGAAGAUAGAAAUUCUAGCAAAAGCACGAAGUUUGCUGUUACAGUGUAACUUUACGAUUCCCAAGGGACUUGCUAUGAGGAAUGCCAGUUUCAAGUCUGAUGGUGUGGAAUCUAUAGAUGAAAAUUUGUCAAAGCACAUCGUUCGCUUACUUUUUACAUCUGAAAUGAUGUUUGUGUGUCCUCUGCAAGAGUUGCUUCAGAGUUUUACCAUGCUGCUUGAGAUUCCAUACUUCUAUAUGAAGCUGUUGUUCCCGUCAAGAUAUCUUAUUUCUUCUUUGAUCACUCGAAAUGUGAAGCUAGAGAAACAACUUAAUGGCAUCAAUCAGGCCGCUGUUCUUCUGCACAACGAUUGUCUAUAUUUGUUUGAAGAGAUACUUGGAAUUGCUUUUGAGUAUCGUGCUAGCUUCCCUAGCUCCAUCAAGGAAUAUGCAGUAUUUGCUGACGUGGCCCCAAGAUUUAAACUGAUGGCAGAAGAAGUUUUACAAAGACAAGUUCAGCUAGUAGUUUCUAGUUUACAAGAGGUUAUAGACAGUGCAGAUGGAUUUCAAGAUACUCAUCAAAUAAAGCAAUUCGAAUCUGCAAAAUUUAGCAUUGAGCAGGUUGUAUUUAGUCUAGAGAAAGUGCAUAUGAUAUGGGAGCCGGUCUUACGGCCCAAAAUUUACAGACAUAGCAUGUGCCUGGUUUUAGAGUCCGUCUUUCGCAGAAUAACCAGAGACAUUCUUCUUCUUGACGACAUGGCUGCUGAUGAAACUUUCCAGUUACAAAGACUGAUUCAUCUCAUGAUGGAGAAUAUUUCGUCUUUGCUCGGCUCCUUGAUGAUCUGAUACCAUCUUUGCGUAAAACCAGAAAACUAGCAGGCGUGUCUUUACUAACUUUGUUUAUUCUCCCCCCUUAAAUUAACACUAAGCUUGGGAUAUGCUCAGUGAGUUUUUCGUUUUUGUUUCUCAUUUACAGAACUAUUGGAUAUGCCUCUUAAGUCUAUAACUUCAUCUUGGGAAAGUGGCGAGUUGUUUAGUUGCAAUUUUACAAGAACAGAGGUACAAGAUUUCAUCAAAGCUAUAUUUGCAGAUUCGCCACUGAGAAAAGAAUGUUUAUGGAGGAUAGAAAAUGUAGGCAACUAUUAGGAGGAAAAGAUAAAACCUAAAUCCCCCUAGACCUGAGAAGAAGGAGAGGAAAGUGGGCCUUAUUAGCAGAAGAGUCGUGAAACUUCUAUCAUCCACACACACUCUGUGUGUACGAAUGUACUAUGUAAGAGAGUUUAGGCUUUAGGGUUAAAUGCGUCUCCAAGGUUUUGUUGUACAUGAUUUACAUUUAGUCAUAAGAUCUAAGGGGAAAGUUUUUCAACUUCCAAGCUAGUUUUAUGCGCAAGAAAUGAAAAGCUUUCACUGUUAGAAGAAACAAAAUCUUACAAUUUAGAAAGAAUUAAG